AUGCCGGAGGGCACGGUGGUGGCGGCGACGGUCUUUGAGCCAUCGUCGGUGAGGGAGUGCGGCCGUGGAGGCUGGGCUGAGGUGGUGAUCCCCGACUGGGAGGUCGUGGAGGUGGAGGAUGACACCCCGCCGCGAGCCGGCGUGGUCGAGCGAGUAGGGACUGAUGGUGGUGGAGGUGGCAUCAUUUUGGAAGAGACGCUGCGGGCGGCGGUGUCGGAGGCACCACCGGUUUUGGAGGAGGCACCGCGGGCGGCGGUGCCGGAGGCUACCUCGGCAGCUGGCCCGGAGACGGUGACGCGGGGCGUCCCGGCGUCCGGGCCAGAGACGGCGACGCAGGGCGUCCCGGCGUCCGGGUCUUCUUCGGCGCUGGCCGCGUCGCGAGCGGCCAGCGGGGAGUACGCCUUGGUGGCCCGGCAGGGAGGGCGCCGAGCUACUGUGCCGCAGCCGGCGCGGUGCGGGGGUGCCGUUGUCUUCGGGCCUCAGACUCCGGAGGAGGCGGCGCUAGACGCCGUCAGUCGCCGCCUGCGAGGCCGGACGGAACAGCUCGAGGCCUUCGCCAAGGCCGAGGUGGAGCGGACGCGCGACUUGGAGCGUGUCGUUCUGCAUCUUGACGCCUUCCGGGUCGCCGCCUACAAUCGUCUCCUAGGCAAGCACCAGGAGCUCAUGGAGCAGCUUGCCGCCAAGGAGGAGGAGCUCCGCGUCGCCGCAGCCGAGGCCGAGGUGGAUCUCCUGCGGGGGCAGGUCACCACGACUGAGGGGGCCCGUCAGGACGAGGCCCGUCGCCGCGAGGCGGCCGAGAAGGCGGCCGAAGACAAGGACGCCGAGCUGAAGGUGGCCCUUGCCAAGGCGGCCGAUCUGGAGAAGGCGCUCGAGGAGCGCGACCACGCCAUCGAGCGGGAGCGGCGUGGUACGUUGCUUGAGGCGCAGCACCUGGAAGAGUCCUUCUCCAGGGCCUUCCCAGAGACGCAGCGGCUGGCGGAGGAAGCCGUCCGCUAUCAGCGCGACCCGACCGGUGUCGCUGGGUCCGGGACGGAUCCGCGGGUGGCCUGGGCCUUCCCGGAGAUCAUCGCCAUCGCUCAGGCCCGCCUGCAGGUCCUGGGAACAUAG